CCCCCCUCCGCCUUCACUUACAUGCCUAGCGUUGCGUUGCAGGUUCGCCUAGAAACCGCGAGGCAGCGAAAACUCCACGGCGUUUCUGUCGCGCGCGAAGGAGUGUACUCCAGGUAUGCCAACAUCUACAAGGAUCACGCCGCCCAGACCUACGCCCGCACGAUCGAGGCCUCUCGGCAGGAGAGGGGCGGGCUCGAGGCCUACCGUCACCGCGUCGUGAAAUCAUCGAUGGACGCGCAGCGCUACCGAGGGUACGUCGAGAUGGACACGCCCAGGGACGACCCCCACUGGGAGGAGGACGGGCUAGGGCUUUUGCCGGCCAACGAUGGCAGCACGUCAACGAAUUGCGCGGCUUCUUCCAACGGCCGAAAGAGUGGCGGCGUUGCAGGAUUCUCCCCGGCAAGAAGCAGUGCCAAAGUGGACGUUUCCUUGUCUAGCGAAAAAGAGGACGGAGCAGGCGAAGGGCUCGUGCACGGCGACGAGACCGUCGAGGUUCGGCCGGGAGAUGGGGCUGCACCCGAGGGCUCGGUGGGCGAGAACGGGGAGUCGGAGGCGCGUGCGGUAUCGAGGUUGGAUAGCGUCACCGACGACGAAAAUACCGCGACAACACGAAGGUCGUUCAGCGACGGUGGCAUUGGAGGUCGUGGUUGUUUCGUGGAUGUGGUCCCGUUCAACAACAUCCGCGCCAAGUACUUGAGACCGUGGAACGACACAGAGCUGUCCAGGCCCUACCACGUCGCCCCUUCGCCGACCUGGAGGGCGGGUAGAGCAGUAGGGGCCCCAAGCUUGGCCUCUAGCGUGGGGUCAUCUAUUACCUCUACCGAUGCCUUGUCUGCUGCCGAAAGUGGGCAAGCGUUGGAAGCCUACCGAAAGGCAACCCUGAGGAACCCGGCGACCCACCGGCCGCACAGCAGCACGUUGAACUGGAAGGAUGGGAAAGAAUGGCGCAUGAACUAA